GUUGGAUUAUUAUUUUGUGUUAUUCUUCGUCAUUCAAUAAAUAAAAGAAAAAGACAUCAUAAAGAAUUCUUAUAAAAUCUACUCUAUUUUAUGAUUUAUUUCAAAAGCAAUUUUUGGAAAAAAAAAACUUAUAGAAUUCGAAUAUAAAAAAAAUAAACUUUAAGAAAGAAAUAUUUAUUAUAAAACGAAAUAUAUCAAAGUGCAAUUUAGUGAUUUAUUCUUAGUUAAAGGAUUUAAGAACAGUGGCAAAUGUUUUAAAACCAAAAAAAGAAAAAAUCUGCACUGCUUGAAAUAAUGGACAGCAUGACAGGAUCAGGUUUGAUGGAAGAGUUUGAGCUUAUGAAGCAAAGUAAAUACCGUGUAUAUAUGCAAAAUAUAGAUAAAGCUCUUAAGAAUUUUGAAUAUUCGAGCGAAUGGGCAGAUUUAAUAUCAGCUUUGGGAAAACUUAACAAGGUUAUUUCAAGCUAUCCUCAAUAUCAAGUCAUUCCAAGACGUAUUAAAAUUUCAAAAAGGCUUAGUCAGUGUAUGCAUCCAGCUCUUCCUUCCGGUGUACACUUGAAAGCUUUGGAAACAUAUGAUGUCAUUUUUAGUAACACUGGUAUUGAAAGACUUGCAUCUGAUCUGUUUAUUUAUAGCUCUGGUUUAUUUCCUUUGAUGCAAUACGCAGCAAUGAAUGUUAGACCAUUUCUUUUAGAGAUAUAUGAGAAAUAUUUUGUUCCUCUUGGUGAAAGGCUUCGUCCAGCAUUAAGCGGCUUUCUAAGCGGCGUUUUACCAGGUUUGGAAGCAGGGUUGGAUCAUUUUGAUCGAACCAAUUUGCUGUUAAAUCGAGUAUGCAGUGCUGUAAAUCCCAUGCAUUUUUAUACUUGCCUUUGGGAAAGUGUGGCUACAAAUUCAUCUAUACGACUCCCAGCCAUCACAUAUGUAAUUGAUAAUUUCAACAAACGUUUAGGAAUUAAUGAGCAAAUAUUUUUGAUUGGAAAAAAUAUAGACUUAAUGAUAUCUGGACUAUGUUCAUGUUUAAACGAUUCAGUGAUUUUGGUACAGAGAAAUACACUGGAAUUUCUUUUAUUAGGAUUUCCGUUGCAUACAACUAUUCUUUCACAGAUAGAUCUUAUUAAACUAGUAACGAUCGGACUAAACACGAUUUUAAGACGCGAUAUGUCUCUCAAUCGACGAGUUUACUCCUGGCUUCUGGGAACCGAAGUUUCGAAUUCUACAAAAAACUCAAUUGAAAAUGAAGUAGAGAUUAAAUGUUUAAAGUCAUCAAAAUCCAGCAUUCAAAAUGAAGUAAAUCAUAACACUUAUUUCGAAAAAUAUUCGAAGAAUAUAUUAAUCAAAGCAUUAAAAAUAGCGUUGAAAAACAGUAUAUCAACAACUGAUUUGAAGCCAUACAAAAUUUUAUUGAGCUUGUUAGAUAAAAUUGAAAUUGGUCCAGUUGUACUAGAUUCAAUCCUAAUUGAUGUGAUUAGAACCGCUGUAGCUGUUGAUAACUGCAGUGAAGUUAAGAAGUCAAUUAAUUCACUUUUUGGAAAUUUUGAUCCAUCUUAUAUUUGGAAAUUUCUUGGCAUGGAACUGAAAAAGUCAUGUCUCGGUGAAACGAAAGAUGAAUCUAAAAAACUUCCAGCAAUGAUGAUACAACGUUCUGCUAAUGAAGUUGACUCAGGAGAUCCUUCAGUUAUUGAAUUGUGCUAUUUAAUUGAGUGUCUUUUAGAUAUGCUUUCACUUGAAAUGUUUAAUGAAACAACUCGUAUUUAUCUGCCAGAAAUGUUAUUUUCAAUUACAAAAAUCAUAACUCAAAAUGCAAGUAGAUUAGAAAAUGAUGAAAUAACUGCAUCAAUUAAUUUGUGUGUAAAAAUCAUCAAACAUACUCAACCAAUGAUUUUAUGCACUUCAAAUAGCUUUGACGAGUCAAUUGAUAAGAAAAUCAAUAUAAAAAAUGAAAGUAAUAAUGUAACAUUCCAAGAGCAAGUCGGAGGAUUAGAAAAAAGUAAAUCUGAUUCAAAAAUAAAUCAAAUUUUUGUUGAUUCUGAAAAUGUUUUUGCUAAAUCAUCAAAUGCAACAUCAACACCAAAUUUAGAAAAUGAAAAUGAAAGAAUCAACGCUGGAAAAAAGCGAGAAAAAAAAAGUAAAAAAGUCUAUCAUACUGAAAAAAUUGAUGAAAAUAAAGAUUUGAGCGAUACAAAGACAAAAACCAGUAAUACAGUAGAAUGUGAGUCAAUUUCAAAUACCAGUAUUAUAAAUAGUUUGGAAAAUAAUUGUGACAAUGAAGUUUUUAAGACUCAACUACAAAAAUACACAAUUUUGGAAAAAUGUAGUAAGCAGUACGAAAUAUUCUUCCAAGUUUACCUAUCAAAUUGUGUCUUGAAGUUCGGAAAUGAUACAAACAUUAAAGAAGUGACUAAUAAUAAUGAAAGUGAUUUCAACAAUACAGGUUAUUACUUUGAUGAUAAUCUAAUUGAAAAUGUUAGCAAUAAUACACUUCAAAAAAUUGAUGAGCUAUUUUUAACUUUGAAACUUAACAAAGUUUCACGAGAACACACGCUUCAGAAUCUUUUGAAUCAAACAAUUGAUGUAGAAUCAGAUAAAGAUCUAGAGAAAGGCAAGAAUAAAUCAAAAACUAAUGAAAAUUUAAAAAUUUUAAACAAAAUGAUUGCGUGUAAAUUAGACCUUUCAACUAAAAGGGCAAUAAAAUAUAUCACGCAACUUUUGGUAACUUUUUCUACAAUUCCAAAUUAUGAUCAAUCAUGUUAUCCUUUAGAACAUGAAGAAGAAAAAGAGCUACCAUACUGGUUGAAAGUUUUAUCACUAAUUGCAGCAUUUUCAAAGGGGGACAAAGAUUUGCAAAUUCUUUGUAUAUCAACGCUUUUUGAGCUAAUUGAGAUAGUGAAAUUUCAAAAAGAGAAGAAACCAAGUAGAGAUGUUCAACAUCUUGUGAUGCUACCGUUAUUAAAAUACAGCCACGUUGUGUAUAUGGAAAAUCAGACGAGAAUAUUUCAAGUUUUAGUUUCCACACUUUGGGAUCAUUUAGAUAUAUUAUCCGAUUCAGAUAUGUCCCAAAUAUCUUUGCUUUUAUAUCGAAUUCAUGGCUGCCUGGACAGUGGAAUUGUGGAAAAAAUCAUUAGUGAAAGGAUUGGAAAUUCUCAUCUAUUUUGGUCAUUUUCAGAAAUUAAUGAUUCUGAUUUAGAGGAAAAUAACGAUGGAUUAAGCAAAUAUAAAUUAGAAAGGUUGAGUAACUUAAAAAUCAUGUUGAAUUUACCUGAUAUGUCAGCAACAAAUUGUAAUAGUCAAUUGACAGAAAAACAAUAUAUUGGAUUCAAAAAAUUUGAGUUAUUAUGGCAUCUUGGAAGAGAACAAAAGGAAAGUUUUGAUAAAAUCGCAUUAAAGAUGUAUGAUGAUUUGGGAUUAUCACAUAAUUCAUCAAUUAGAACAUUUAUUAUAAAGUGGUUAAAGGAAGCAUUGUUACGAGGAGAUUUGGAAAGGUUAAUGAAACCAUUAUUAAGAAUAAUGUUGAAUAAGAACACAAAGCGAAUAAGUAUAUCAAAUACACAUUUGUUAAAAGUGAAAAAUAAUAAGAAAAUGAAUGAGCAAAUUUUCGAUGAGAAUAAAAAUAUGGACGAUGUACAGAAAAAUAACAGUGACUCAAAGGAAAAUGAAAUGUAUGUAAUUAAAAUGGAAGAUGGUGUUGUAAGGAAUCAUUUAGAACUAACAAAAAAGAAAGGACAUAUUGGAAUUCCAAAAAAAAUUCUUAAUAUUGCUACUAAAAGUUCAAAUAUUGGAGAUAAGAUGCGUGAAAAAGGAUUACUACCGGCAAUGAACUCUAACAACCAAAAUGAUAAUUCUGAAAAUGAAUUUGAAAAUAUGGAAUUGUUUGUGAAUCCUUUAGAACAACAACAAGACAAAAAGAUUUUCGUUAAUAAGAGCGGCCCUUCGUUUUUAGUCAAUAAAGAUGAAAAGAAAUUUACUAUUGAAUCAUCAUCAGAUUAUUCUUCAACUUCGUCUGCUGAGUCUAUUAGUGAUCAUGAAAUAUCAGAUGAUGAAAUAAAUAUAAAUGAUAAAUGCUUGAAACUAAUAAAAAAUGAAAAACAUCAAUUAUGCUAUGAUGAAUCUGGGACUGCAGCAGAUGAAUAUUUCUCAAUUAAUUAUCUUGAAAAUAAUGCAGAAGAAUCAAAAAACGACCUUGAAAGUGAAAUAAGAAUAUCAGAAUGUACUUCAAAGAGAAAAGGCAUUAAUUCUCAACAAAACGAAAAUAAUUGUCAAAAUUUUGAAAAUGCUGACACAAAAGAAAAAGUCCAUAAAGAAGAUGGUGAAAUACAAAUAGAUCAAACUAUAAGUGAUUCAAAGAAAAACAUUACCGCAAAAAAAAAAUUAAAAAUCAACAAGAAAAUGUCUAGCAAAGCAUUGGAGAAGGGUAAAGCAAAUGUCGAAAUAUUAAAAAAGAAUUUUGACGAAUUUGAUGGAUUUUUUCAAACAAAACUAGAGAAAUUUCACCCAUUUCAUACACACUUGUUGUUAUAUUACUCAUGUUACGAUACUAAACAAAUCUUGUAUUGCAUCGAAACGCUCAGAAAUAUUAUAAUGGCUGGGAAUUCAAAACUUUUUAUAUGCUUAUCAAUCAACACAUGUGUAUCAGACAGUACAAUAAAGCAUUUGUUGAUUCGUCAUCGAAAAAGCAUUUUUGGAAAAGGUUUUGAUGGAUCGUUAACUAAUACUGAAUUUAAUAGUGCUUAUAAAGGAGUCAUGUAUAUAGAAGUUUUAAUAACUAUAUGUUUGUAUUAUGCGAGAAGCUACUUUCAAUGUGAUGAGUCUUUAGGAGGAAAUUCUGAAAGCGAGAAGGAAGAUGAAGAUGUUUAUAAUAUUCGUAAUAAUGAUAAACCUACGAGAGCCGAAAUUUUAGCAAAUUGUAAAAUACAGUUGGCGGCAAUUGAAUUGCUCCACAUAAUAUUUAACGAGUUAAUACCAAUAGUAAAAGAAAUGGGAAAAGGAUUAGCAAGCUAUAUUGCAGAUUUAAUGAUAAAAUGUAAAGUACAAAAAGUUGUGUUACACUGUGUGCUUACAUCUAUUCAUUAUUUGACUACAAAGGUCAUAACAACAUCAUCUGAAAAAAUUUUAAAAUUCAAUGAUCCUGGCGAUGAAAAAAUGCACCUUGAAGCAAUACAAAUUCAGUUACUCAAAUUGUUAGAUGACGUUAUAAAACUAGAAUAUGAGACAAUAGUGCAAAAAGGAGAUCAAGAUGCAACAGGAAAUCUAGUUUCAAAAGUAACUUCUUCAAUAUCUGCAAUGUUAUCUCAGUCACCUACUAGACCUCGACCAAUUUCCAAAACAUCAAACAAUGUAAAAUAUAUUCAAAACUUGACAAUAACUCAACAGCCAAUGUUUUUGACAUCUAUUCUUAACGCACUGGUUUCUGAAAAUUUAAAACAUCUCCAUAAAAAUUGGACAGAACUUGUUACAUCAACAUUAAACUAUGUUUCGUAUGAAUCAUUGUCAAAUAUUAUAGUAAGCAUAACACAUCAGCUUUGUGAAAAUAUUGAUAAUAUUAUAAAAUCUUCAAGUUGUAAUCAAAAUAAUUCAGACUAUUGUAUAUCUCAACUGGAAGCACUUACUGUAAUUUGUCACUUCUGCUUGUUGGAUAAUAAUCAGCAAGUCUCAUUAUCACAUCUAUUCAAUCCUCAAAAUAUUGCGUUAACAUUACAACCAUCUGGCUAUGGACAAAUUUACAACAAUAUCCUGAAUUUUUUUCUGUCAACAUCUCCAUUACAAUUAGGUGAAGCGUAUAGUAAGCACCAACUUCAACACAAUGCUACAAGAAUGUGCGUACUUAGUCAUUUACCGAGAAUCAUAUCUAGUAUGGUUAUUUUAUGGGAAACUAAAUUGGGUCAAGAUAGAUUAGUUAAACAGCAAUUGAUGGAAUAUAUCACUCCAAUAGCUUUACAUCAUGGCUGCAAUUUUAUUGCCAGUAUUGCGGUAGUUUGGCAUGAACGAUCUGAUAAGAAAUUGGGUAAAAACCAAUUCAAGUUUCAAGAUCCUGCCAAUCCUACGCAAGCAUCAUUAGUUGAUAUGAUUUUACACAUGAAAGUUAUCCCAUUUGAUUCAUUGGUACAAACAAUAAAUAGUGUAAUUAAAUCACCACCGCAAAUUUAUAGACCUCCAGAUGAUAUUGUAUUGAGUGUUAGUGUUCUCGAAUUCUUUUAUGCAUUAAUGAAAAACAUUAAAAGUGAAAACUUGAAUGACUCAUGGAUAUCUCUUAUGAAUCUAUUUAAAGAUUCAAUUAGUCUUUCCCCACGUGCACAAUUUAUGAUUUUUUGUAUUUUACAUGAGCUUGUGAAAGUGUGCUCACCAUAUGAGAGAAAAGACAAAAAAGAUAUUCGUGAGUUACAUGAUAUAACAACAAGAUUAGUUGAGGCACUAAGUGCAAUAGCAGGAGCAUGUUUAGAACAGACAACAUGGCUUCGGAGAAAUUUAGCUGUAAAAGAGGAAAUGACUGAUGAGUUUAGAGAUGGAAAUUUAACUCCUACGAGUGGAAAUCAGCAAUAUUCUGUGGAAGCACAAUCAUUGCUAGGGUAUAUAUUAGUAAAUGUUUUAGAUUAUGCUUUUGGCUCACAAGAAAAAGACAAGAUCACGCAAAUUGUCACUACGCUCAUGUAUAAUAUUAUACCGUACCUGAAAAACCAUACAACCAAAAAUAUACCAUUCUUCUAUGCAUGUUCGAAUUUACUAUCUACAUUAACACCUUAUCAAUAUACCCGCAAAGCUUGGAGAAAAGAUGUUUUUGAUCUAUUUCUUGAUCCUGCUUUCUUUCAAAUGGACGUAUCUUGCUUACCAUUUUGGAAACAAAUUCUUGAUAAUCUUAUGAGCUAUGACAACAUAACAUUUAGAGAACUAAUGAGCCGGCUAUCUGUUGCUCAAACAGGAAGUUUGAGUAUUUUUACUUCUAAAGAACAAGAAUAUGAGCAAAAAGCUAUUUUAUUGAAAAAACUUGCAUUUGUCAUUUAUUGUAGUGAGAAGGAUCAAUAUCAAAAAUACAUGCCAGAGAUUCAAGAACAAUUAUCAUCAUGCUUAAGGCUACCACAAGUUAUAUCAUGCGUUCAAGCUGCCGUUUUGCUGUGCUUUAGAGUAAUAUUGCUAAGAAUGUCACCAGAUCACGUGACUUCUUUAUGGCCAACUAUUAUUGCUGAAAUGGUACAAGUUUUCUUAUCUAUUGAGCAAGAACUAAUGACAGAUACGGAAGAAUUUAGGUAAUAUAAUAUAUUCAUUCAAUUCAUUUAAAAAAUUUUUUUACACUCAAUAUCAUAAAACUAUUUACUUUUCAUCAUAUUACCGAAAUCUUAGGACCCAAUCGAGUCAACAUAUAAGAAUGCUGAGUGGAUUGGAUACAGCUUGGAUUACAAACACAAAUAAUGGAUUAAAUACACAAAACCAUUCAUCUUGGCGAAUGGUGCAACUUGAAACUGCGAAGUUGCUUGAACUAGGAUGUGUGCUUCCUGCAUCAUCACUACCCCAUUUUCAAAUGUAUCGAUGGGCAUUUGUAGGAAGUCAGCAUGACCAAAUUGAUGUAGUGUCAGAAUUAGAAAAAGAACUUCCACAGUUUUAUAAAUUCAUCCCACAUAUUACAAGAAUUGCGCAUUUAAUGGAUUUUCGAUAUGAUUUUCAAUCAAACACAAACAAUUUGGAAAUCAAUGGAUCCCGAUUGACUUUAACUUGUCAGUCCAUCAAUAGUCUUCAAGAUCUUUAUGGAUUUUUUUCAACGCUUUGUAUUAGAUUACCAAGUUCACAAAAUUUGUUUAAUGACGAAAAUGAUUUAAAGACUAUUCUGUCAGAUAUAGAAAAUGUUUUAUCAUUAGAUUUUCUAGAAAAAAUGUCACAAUCGUCAAAAUGAGUCGCUAAUGACACUUUUUAAUAUUUUAUUUUAUGCUUUUCUUAUAGUUUUUAACAAUUGAAUACAGAUCAUGAUAUAAGUUUAUUCUAUGUGAUUAGCUUAGAAUAAUUAUAGAAUUUAUUAUUUGAACACAUUUAAAAAAUUAAAAUUUUACUUUGCAUAAUAGUUUAUAUAGAAUUAUGAUAGAAUUAAUGUCAAAUAUGCUUAAAGCAGACAAAGACAUAAUGAAAAUUAUACAAUAAAUUUUUCUAAAAUUAUUUUUAUUAUUACAACUUAAAACAUUAUUGUUAUUAAAUAUUUUAUUUUCUGUUGAUUUAUAAUUUAUUAAAAAGAAUCUGUUCACAAAAAUAAACCUAUGUAUGUGAGAAUGAAAAUAAAUGUGAUCUAAAAUCUUAAAUUACGUUUAUUUUAAGAAAGUUACACAUAAAUUAUUAUAUUACAGAUAAAUCAUUUCAGGAUUAGAUGAGAUUUCGAGGUAGCUUCCUUCCGCACUGAAGAUUUUUGAAAGUUUUAUUUGGUUCAAUUCUCUAGUUAUUCGUGGAUCAGUAGAAUGCAAUGAGCAUAAUAAAAAGUUUUAGUAUCUUAACUUGAUGCAAUUUGAAUUAAAAUAACCAUAAAUGUUACUAUAGAAUUC